CAUGCAUAUAGGCCCAUCAGCCAUACCAAAAAAUAUCACAUCCACACUCCAGCUAUAUGAGCAAAUUUCGCUGCACCUAACGAAGCAGCAGAAGGAGAAAUGGGUGUCUCCGUAUCUUACCCACCUUCAUCUUUUUCUCUCUCUUCGGAGCUUUUCUCAAGUAGAAGACGAGACGGACCCAAUUCUCUCUCAUGGUCCUCUUCGUUUCCCGACAUCAAACUUCUUACUCCCCCUAUUUCAAUUCCAUCCCCUUCACCUCUCACUCUCAACCAGCUUCUGAAAAUGCGGCGCUGUUUUCUUGAUUUUUGUCGGGCGGAAAUGGGCUUGAUUGUGCAAGCUGCAUGGACACGGAGAUCUCGCAGUGAAGCUGCUAAGAAGCCCAAUAGGAAAUCAUGGAAACAAAGGACGGAUAUGUAUAUGAGACCAUUUCUACUCAAUGUAUUCUUCUCAAAACGAUUUGUUCAUGCAAAAGUGAUGCAUCGGGGAACCAGCAAAGUGAUAUCUGUUGCUACCACAAAUGCCAAGGAUCUGAGGAACACAUUGCCAUCCCUUACCGACAACAAUGCAUGCAGAGUUAUUGGAAAAUUGAUUGCUGAGCGAUCAAAGGAAGCUGAUGUCCACGCAAUUGCAUAUGAGCUCAAGAAGAAUGAACGCGUCGAGGGCAGACUUGCAAUUAUUCUUGAUACCAUCCAGGAGAAUGGUAUCAUAUUUGUUUGAUGUUUCACUCUUUGUAUUUUUGAAAUAGCUGCUAGUUCUUCACAUAACUUUUGUGGUUGCAAGUCUUGUAAACAAUUGAUGGUUUACCCCAAGAUUAGGCUUUGCCUUCGUGCAUAUUUUAACUGUUGAGUAGGGCCCCUUAAUGCUUGUAUUCUAUGUCUGAAAUUGAAUUGCUUUCAUAGGCAUUCUGCCUUAUCAGAUGAAAGCAGGAGAAGUCCAUCCGCAUAACUAGGUUUAUGUUAAUAUGUAUCUGAAUUA